AUGAAUUUUCUAAGGUGUAGAAGAAAUAGAGGAAUUUUGGGUGAUGUUAAAGAGGGAUUUAGCAAGCUGGAGAUAUUUUUCACUAGAGAGUUGAGGGGUCUGGUUGUUGAAGUUUUGAUGAAACAGUGGUUAUCUGGUCGUGAGAAAGAUGGAGGCGAUAGGUAUUGUGUAUUCUCUUCAUCUCCUUUAACCUUCUUUUCACUAUUUUUAUGUGAAUCUGUAAUUGUUGUUUCUGAUGCUUGCAGUGAUAAUAUUAACGGAAAUAAGGUUGUGAUGUUUGGAAGAAACAAGAUUGGUGUUUGGGUGGUCGAUGAAGUUGAAAUAAUGAGGAAGAGUUACCGCUAA